GCGUUUCAGAAAACGCGAUGCACCCACCGCUUCUUUUCCCAUUUUCUCAAUCUAUUUUCCAUCCGCGGAGACCUCGCAUAAUCGCAUCCCGCGAUCGCAAUCUCCAUCGCCGCUGCUAACGCCAUGUCCUCCGCCGGAGCGCCGGGCGGCGCCGCCCCCUCGCAGCUGUACUUCUGCCACCAGUGCGACCGGACGGUCACCCUCACCCUCUCCCCCGGCGCCGAGAUCGCCUGUCCCAUCUGCCAUGGAGGCUUCCUUGAGGAGUUUGACCUCCCGGACUCUAACCCUAACCCUAGCCCUCAUCCUUACCUCUCCUUCCAAUCCUCUGACCCCUUCUUCCUUUCCUCCUCCCCCUUCCCCUUCUUCUUCCCCCCUACCUCCUCCCCCUCCGCCAGCUUCGACAUCCGAAACCCCAGCGACCUCGUCGGCCUUUUGGGGCCCGACUCCGUCCGUUCCGCUGCCCCCGGCGGCCGUGGAGGCGGUGGCCCGGAGCCCUUCAAUCCGUUGGAAUUCCUCCAGAACCACAUCCAGCAACUCCUUUCCGGCGGCGCCAACAUCCAGGUCGUCCUUGAGGGCGGCCCCGGCUUAGGCGGUAACCUUGGAGACUACUUCAUCGGCCCCGGCCUCGAGCAGCUCAUCCAGCAGCUUGCCGAGAACGACCCCAAUCGCUACGGCACCCCGCCGGCGGCCAAGUCCGCCAUCACCUCCCUGCCGGAUAUCAAGAUCAACGAGGAACUCCUCGCCUCCGACGAGGCCCAGUGCGCGGUGUGCAAGGAUACGUUCGAGAUCGGCGUGGAGGCGAAGCAGAUGCCGUGCAAGCACAUCUAUCACAAGGAUUGCAUCCUGCCGUGGCUUGAGCUUCACAACUCUUGCCCCGUGUGCCGCUACGAGCUGCCGACGGAUGAUCCGGACUAUGAGAACCGGAAGGGGCCGGCGGCUGAGGGGACAAGGCCGGCAGGGGCUGGGGAUCCUGGUGGCGCCGGUGGGUCCGCGGCUGAGGCAUUGGGGGAUGGAAACACUCUGAGUCCGAGAACGGUUGAGAGGAGAUUUAGGAUCUCGCUGCCUUGGCCACUCAGGGGUUUUGGUUCGCAAGCUGAGGCUAGCAAUACUGGGGGUGGUGGUGGGAACGACGGCAGUAGCUCUGGUGGAACUGCUGCAAAUUCUGGUGGCGGUGGGAACACUGGGUCGGAGACCCGGCAAGAUGAUUUGGAUUGAGAAUAAUGGAGGGGUUUUUGCACUGUGAACUGGAGGAUAAGCACGCAUGAACUGAUUCUGAGCAUCAAAUGAAUGAACAAACAUGGAGGGCCAGUUGCACUGGCAAACUGCACUCAAUAUCAAUCAUGGAACAAGAUUUUUGUGCUUCUGUUUCUAAGUGUGUUUUUUUUUCCUUGUCUUGUAGGAUGAACUCUGGGGAAUCCAUUCUCCAGGGUACAGAGCUUAAAGUUUACUGCAUCAAGGUUAUACAUGUUCGAAAUUAAGUCAAGACUGUUCAGAAUAAUUUCCUUGUUCAUGCAGCUAUUUUUUUUUCUUGGUGGUGGUGGUGUGAGAGACUGGGGGUUGAUUGUAUACCUGUGCCCAUGAACCAGUUGGGAGUCUACCAAAUCUGAAUCCAAGAGAACGCUACCUGAAAUAGGAAUUCUAUUGAGGCUAAUUUUGCUAUUUAAUGAGUUCGGCAUGAAAGCACAUCUGUAAUGUUUCCAUUUUUUGUAAUCUCAUCUAUAGUGCAGUUUCUUCUCAAUGAUCUGCAUUAUAUAAAUGUGCCUAUUUUCUUCUAAAGCAGUUCUGGAUGUUCUAUCGUCCAGGAUGCAAACCUUUGUAAAGUUAUCCAGCCAUAUUGGCGGUGCACUGAACGAGGGCAUUGUUGCA